CGUUUGCGGGUGGUAGCGGGAAAACCAGUCGCCCCCUAAAUUAACAAGGUGACUAACAACCUCAAACUACAACAGUACAAUAUAUAUACACACUAUCGCAUGCUGUAGAACUAUGUUCUCAUUUGUUUAAUUAGUUUUCAUUUAGGAGAUGGUUUUGCAAUCAGUGUAAAGGCAAUGUAGCUAGUAAAGCCACUGCAUUACCAGCCCAAUAAAGCAUUUGCUCUUAACAAGCAAUUAAAUAUUUUAGGGUGUGGGAAGUUUUUUUUGACUGAUAUGGCAAUUUUAGGGUGUGGGAAGUUUCAGUGUAAAAAUACCAAUCAAUAAAAUAUAAUUGUAUUCUCUCUAUUGGAGUGGAAAGAGAUUAGCCAGAACAUAACAACCAAACUCCAACCGAUCAACUAUUGGUUGUGGAUACUAUUGAUGAUAUCAAUUUUUUUUUGAAACCCUGAUCAAAUUUAUUUAUUUAUAAAAAUACAAAGCUAUGUAUGAAUUUCCUUUACAAAAGACAAUAGUGUAAUCGAAUUUGGUCUCUUGUCUGCUUUGCCGUACUUAGAUAGAUCAGGGAUGAUAGUGAUGAAUGCAAACCACCUGGCUACGUCAAACUAUUGAAAGAACCAUAAAAACUUAAUUAGUGAAUUAAAAUUUUCAAACCAAUCGUUACUAAAACAUAAAAUGUAUUAUUACUUUGGUACCAUAGUGGUUGUCAUUUUACAAUUUUGUUUUAUAACAUUGUUCCCUCUCCCUCGUAUAUAUUUUUCUUUCUCAUAUACUGGUUUAAAAGCAAUCAUGUUGUUUAAACGCAAAAUAAGAUAUAUUGUGUUUUUUUCACAUCAGAUAUAUUGUGUUUUUAGUUUGAAAUUUGGUGGAAGAAAAAUAUGAACCAUAUAUUUUGGUAAUAAUGCAGGUUGAUUCCGAACCCAAAAAGAAGAUCGAAGACUCAUUUUAGCAAUAUUUCUCUUGUGGAAAUUAUGUACUUUGUUUUUACAAAUAUUUUAUUUUGCCCAUGACCAAUAAAUUUGACCCAUGAAUUGUUCCUAAUGCAAUAAAAUUGAAUUAGAGCCACAAAACCUGACUUGUCGCCCAAAAAGUCCACGAAACAUCAUAUUAUUGGUGAAUUAUUUUUAUUAAUGGAGUCAACGUUCUAUGUCAUGGGAGCCUUGUAUGUUUUAUCUUUCCUUAUUAUAGGAGGAAUGGCAUCCUCUUUCCAUCGUACUAAUGGAUUCUUCCUUAUUCCGUACCAUUUUUGUUACUGGAAUAGGCUUCUUAGCACUCUAUAUAUCCAAUCAAGAAAAUAGAGAACACGAUUCUUUUUCUUCCUCUUCUUCAUUACGCCUCUCAUCACCUUCACUUUGUUUGUCCAAUAACUGGACACAUGAUGUCUUUCCAAGCUUCCAUGGUGAAGAUGUCCGCAAAGACUUUUUAAGUCACAUUCAAAAGGGCUUUGAGAGAAAAGGAAUCAGGCAAUUCAAUGACAAUGAGAUGGAGAGAGGAGAAUCCAUAUCUUUUCAACUUGUAAGGGCGAUAAGAGGAUCUAAAAUCGCGGUGGUCUUGUUCUCCAAGAACUAUGCUUCUUCAAAAUGGUGUCUUGAUGAAUUGGUGGAAAUUAUGAAGUGCCGGCGAGAGUUUGGUCAGAUAGUGAUAGCGGUUUUCUAUAAGGUGGAUCCAUCUGAUAUACGCAAGCAAACCGGAGAUUUUGGGAAGGUUUUUCGAAAAACUUGUGCAGGGAAAACUAAUGAGGAAAUCAGGAGAUGGAGAGUAGCUUUGGCAGAAGUAGCCGCAAUUGCUGGUUAUCAUUCAAGCAACUGGGAUAAUGAAGCAGAUAUGGUAGAGAAUAUAGCCACUGAUGUUUCAAAAAAGCUGACUCAGUUCAGGAGAUCAAUUGAUUUCAAUUACGACUUAGUUGGCAUGGGAAGUCAUUUGGAAGAGAUGAGACGAUUGUUAUACUUAGAUUCGGAUGAAGUGAGGAUGAUAGGCAUUUGGGGUCUUCCUGGGGUUGGUAAGAGCACAAUCACUAGAUUCCUUUUUAAACAACUUUCUCAAAGAUUCAAUGUGAGUCUCUAUAUCAAGGAUAUCAACGCACUUUAUACAAGACCAGCGUCUUCUGAUGUGGAAUUUAUGUCUCUACUAACGUACCAUAAUGACAACGAAGUUCUUAACCUAAGAAUUGAAAGAGAGAAGCUGAAACGCAAGAAAGUGCUUGUGGUUAUUGAUAACGUCGACAGAUCGGUGCAACUAGAUGCAAUGAUGAAAGAAAGUCCAUGGUUUGGUCCUGGAAGUCGGGUUGUCGUCGCGGUACAAGAUAGGGACGUUUUGGAGGCGCUUAGGAUUGGUUAUGUUUAUAGAGUGGCUUUGCCAUCAGAUUAUGAAGCCAUGCAAAUCUUUUGUAUGGCUGCUUUUGGUCAAAAGUUCCCCAAAGAUGGUUAUGAGGAUCUUGCAAGAAGAGUAUGCAAUAUUGCUGGUAGGCUUCCUUUGAGACUGAAAAUCAUGGGUUCUUAUUUCAGGGGAAUGUCCAAGCAGGAGUGGAUUGAUAAGAUUGAUCCACUUUGAAAAAUGAAAGCAGCUUAUUCAUGUCUGGGAAAAAGUAUCUGGAAGCAACAUGAUGUUUUAUUUAUUUUUAUUAAAAACAAAAAACAUCAA